AUAGAAACUAUGAGGAAAUAUCCACCUGUACCUGUCUUGAAUCGCAUCUGUACUAAGAAUAUAGAUCUUCCAACAACGAAUAUUCACGUGCCAAAAGGGACUUCAAUCAUAAUACCAGUACUCGGAUUACAUCAAGAUCCAUCAAUAUAUCCAGAUCCAGAUAAAUUUGAUCCUGAACGAUUUAACAAGGAUGUGAUAGCAACGAGACAUCCUUAUGCUUACUUGCCAUUUGGGGAAGGACCACGGAUGUGCAUCG